AUGGCGGACGCUCGCCGAAUCGGCGGAGGCCAUAACUCAGCUGCGGACAAGACAUGGUCCAACACAAUUUUUAUGGCCUGGCUAGAACCCUGCUGGCUUCGUAUGCCUGCGAAAAUUUUGCCACCAAGCUUUGGCAGAAGCUAAGCCAUCGGAAAACCACUUGGUGCACCAGAAAACAACAAAAAAUUUUUUGUUCAAAUUUCCUUUUGCCUUGCUGUUUCAAACCUCCGCAACCUCUGGCACAUUUCUCUGGACACCCUGUAGAAUUGUUAAUUUGAUAACCGCAUUUCAGAGAUGGAGACUUUAUCGAUGUUGUGCUAUCUCGUGCAAUCAGCCAUUGUGCUUAUUGUCCUCUACAACGUUAUCACAUGGCUUUUACAAUCACGGAAAAUUACUAGCUAUAAAAACAAGGCUGUCUUUAUCACCGGUUGUGACAUUGGAUUCGGUCGAUUGACAGCGAUCGAGUUGGCCAAGCUCGGUUUCACAGUGUUUGCUGGGUGUUUGAAGGAAGAGGUAAUAUACCCUCAUGGUCAUAAAAUACGAACAUUCUUCCCUUGCAGUCAAUAAGAUCAAUUGAAGACGAAAAAGACGGGCUAAAGGGCCAGAUUAUUGGAGUAAAAUGCGAUGUGACAAGUGAUGAGGAGGCAAAAAAGGCUACAGAUUUUAUUAAAGACAACCUGAAGGACAAAGGUAGGCCGUGGGUUCCAUUUGCUGCGCAAAACAUGUUUUAGAACUCUGGGCAAUCAUCAACAAUGCCGGCAUUUUCACCUCGUAUGGCCCAGCCGAAUGGUGUGACGCGGAGAUUUACCAAAAAUCCAUGGAGGUCAAUUUUUUCGGCGCUGUGAGGGUUACGAAUGUAAGAGAAGAGAAAAUUUUUUACGCUACCACCUUUUAGCCUCUAAUUCCUCUUCUUCGCGAAUCCCACGGUCGAAUUAUGGUUGCCGCAUCGGUGGCAGCGAGAUGCGGCACAAUCUUCGGCUCACCGUACUCAACGGCCAAAGCCGCCGUGAAUAGUUGGGCGGAAGCGAUGGCUUUCGAAUAUUCGACAUUCAGCAUCAAAGUCGGCGUUCUUGAGCCGGGCGUUUUCACUACGAACAUCAUCGAUAGGGAGGCCAAGAGACGAAGAGUGGAGUUUGCGUGGAACCGGCUGGACAACAGCGUGAAGGGCGUGUAUGGCCCGAGAUACGUUGAGGAACGUAAGAUCUAUAUCGAAUCUUCAGAGCUAAAAACCGACUGUUUUCCCGUAAAGAACAACGCUCAGUUUUUCUCAACAUUUCGGAUUUACUUCGCGCAUAGGCCAUAAAUUAGUUCCUCAAAGUCUUGUGAGUCUGUCGGAAAAAUAAUGUGGAUUUGCAAAAUGUCGUGGCGAUGGCAUGAAUGAUGCUAUCGCGGUGGUCAACUGGCUUGGCUAAGAUUAGUAUCAGCAUGUCGGAAAAAUAAUGUGGAUUUGUCGCAGCAAAAUGUCUUGCCUCGUCGCAGUGGAGUACCAAAUCUGCAGUCACGGCCAUCGCAAGGCGAUGAUAGGCGAUUCCAAGGCGCGACGAAUCCAUAUUAUUUUCUCGAAAGGUCAAUAUCAGUUUGUCGGGAAAAUAAUGUGGAUUUUUCGGAGCAAGAUUUUUCCAAAAUUGCCGCAGUCGCGGACCAAAUUCUCAGCCCGUAAAAGAGCCUUAUUUCCAAAGGUUGUAGCGACCUCAGUUUGCACUUAAAAAUCUUGUUAUUUCGUAAGCAAAAAAUAAUGCCGCUUAAAAAUACAUAUUCCAAAAACGAACUCUCUGCGCCGCCUCCGCCGAAAGUUAUAGCCUCCUACUUUCCUUCACGUCUCUUGAAAGACCCUGUAGUAAAAGAAAUGGAUGAACGUGUUACACAAUAAUAACAAUAAUAUAUUUUCAGUCCUUUCAUGGUGGCACAAAUUCAUCGCCGACCAAAGCUGCAGCGACAUUUCCUUGGUCAUCGAUUCGUACGUUCAUUUUGUCACCGCCGAACAUCCGAAGUUCCGUUAUCAGCCCGGCUUUUUCUCGAAAUGGGUGUGGGGAAAAGUGAGUCUGCUGCCAACGAACUGGCUUCUGAAUAUCUUCCCCUUCGUCAGUGA